UUCUUUUUACUAACAGAUAGCAAAAUGCAGAUUGUAGACACAAAACGAGGAGUUUUAGAAAACACAGAAUCAAGUUAAAUAAUAGGGUGCGGAUCAUGUUAGUAUUUAUUGUACUCAGUUGGUUAGACUAGAAGUCCUAGUUGGCAAGUUAGUUAGAGAUGAAAAACAACUUCUUAUUCUAGAAGCUGUAACGAAAUAAAGCUAAGAAGCUUAUAUACAUGUAAAUAGAUUUUUCCGCAUUCAAUGAAAUAUAUUCUAGAAUUUUCCCAAUUUGUUUUCUCUGAAAUCUCUUUUAUGGUAUCGAGCAAUAUCGUCUUCCUCCUUUGAUCUGCGAAGCUAUCAGUGUUUGUUGUUCUUCAUGAGUUCUUGAUUCAAGUUUCCUUUGAUAUUUGUUGAAAUCAUUCUUACUGUUUCUUGUUCCUCAACUUGAAGUAAAAUGGCCAACGAUUACCUCCAGAACCCUUCUAAUUCAUAUUUUCUUCAUCCUAAUGAAAAUCUUGCUCUUGUCUUAGUCUCACCUAUUCUUUCUGGUUCUAAUUACCACUCAUGGGCUAGACCCAUGAGGGUGGUGCUAAUUUCAAAGAACAAAACGGCGUUUGUCGAUGGUUCGCUGCCUCCACCAUCUCGGACUGAUCCUAUGUACUCUACUUGGGAGAGAUACAACACCAUGGUUCUAUCUUGGAUCACAAGAUCUUUGUCUCCUUCAAUUGCACAAAGUAUAUUAUGGAAUGACAAGGCAUCUGAUGUAUGGAAUGAUAUGCAAGAUCGUUUUUCUCAAGAUUCUCAUAAUGCUUUAGAAAAUUCAAAUAUGUCCGUGACACUAGAUCAACACUUGAAGUUGGUUUCUCUCAUCCAAGAACAACCAGACAUGACUCAUAAAACAAUUGACAAUAUAGCUCAUGCUGUCAAUAAUGUUGUAACUCCUAUGCAACAAAAUGCAACCAUUGAUGUUACAAACUCAUCUGUCCUAGACAACACAAUAGGUAAUUCUGUGAUUCUUCUUAAUCAAAUAGCACACCAUUCAUGGCUUCUAGACACAGGCGCCACCGAUCAUUUUUGCUUCUCUUUUUCAUUAUUCACGACAUAUAGAAAGAUUAAGCCAAUUUCUGUAAAACUACCAGAUGGAAGCUUUGUUACUGCUGCUUAUUCAGGCACAAAUUUUUCAUAGAAGACUUUCAAUUGACUAAUGUGUUAUGCAUACCAAAUUUCAAAUUUAACUUGAUUUCAGUCACUAGACUCAUUAAUCAGUUGGCAUGUGGCUUCCAUUUUGAAGGCAAUAUUUGUGUU